AUGGAGAUAAAGGAUGCAGAUCAGACGAAUCCCGGCCUCGCCGCCGCGUCAGCGCCCUCCACCUCCAUCCUCGAAGAGGACACCGACGACACCGAGUCCCUCCAGGGGCGCUCGGCUCAAUGUCUCCGCUGGCGGCGUAGCGCCUUCUUGUGUUGCGGUUGCUGCGGAGCGGCGUUGGUCGUCCUUGGAAUCGCCGCGCUAGUCCUCGCCUUCACCCUCCUCCGGAUCAAGGACCCCAAGCUCGCCAUGAACUCCCUCGCCUACGGCGGCAUCGAGGACUACUUGGGCAGUGGCCAAGUGCCCAACAUCAACUUGAUCUUCUACGCCGACGUCUCCCUCAAGAACCCCAACCUCGCGUCGUUCCGGUUCAGGAACAGCACGACAGCGUUCAUCUACAACGAGACGGCGGUGGGCUUGUUGUACGCGCCGGCGGGGAAGGUGGGCGCCGAUCGGACGGUGAGGAUGAACGCGACGUUGGUUCUUUUGCUGGUUCCGAUAGCUAGGACGAUGAUCGGUAAGCAUAGCGUGGUCCCCAGCAUAGAGGUGGAGCUGAGGAGCCGGACGGAGGUGGCAGGGAGGAUGAACGUGUUGGGGGUGUACAAGCGAGAUGUGGCGGUGACGAUAAUGUGCGACUCCAUACGGGUGUUCUUGGAUUUGCACAAAUUUAAGAUGUAUAUUAAUUGGCCGGAGGAGAGGAAGAAGCCCCGCUGUUCUGCCGACGUCCGAUGA